UGGCAAUCUAAACAAGACCAUAAAAUUCAACAUCUCCAUUUCUUUCAUUUCAUUCUCAAAAUUAACACCAAAUGUGUCCUCUGAGACUCAUUCUGGUAUUUCUUUCCGCCACUCUCGCCGGUUUUUUCCUCAUCAGGAACCUCAAAUCCCAGCCCGAACAUGUUCUUGAUUCCGACAACAGCUCCGCCACUAAUUCGUCGACCCAUCAGCCCACCUCCACUCCUUUCUCCAAGGUUCGUUUAACAAUGGAGACUGGGUUCUGGACUUUUGUGGACAUGGCUAGUGGUAAAUAUUUGUGGAGGCAUUUGGUUUCUUCUUCACCAAAACGUGCUUAGUUGAAAAUUUUGUUUUUGAUUGUGUGAUUGUUGUUGUUGUAUUUGUAAGAAAAAAAUUGUGAUUACAUCAAUUACAUGAGCAAUUUAAAAUGGUUGUUUAAGAUGGUGUUGUGGGAAAUGAAAAAAAGUGAACAAUAAUUGUAUUUUUUGUGUUUUUGUGAAUUGGAUUUUGGUAAAUUGUC